CUGCAGCUGAGAACAUUAUUCCAUAGCACUUAAUCUGAGAUUGUUUGUUCAUAGGGAUAAUAUUUAGAAUUGUAUAUUAUAUUGUAUAUUGUAUAUCAUGUUUAUAAUUAUGUUUUUCUUUUUUUCAGUUGAAAAUUGUUUCUUCAUCAGUUGGUAAGAGUUGGCAAUUUAUUUCAACAGUAACAACAACUACAACAUUAUAGUGUACAGUACUGUACAAGUAUGUAUACAAAUGCAUCUUCGGCGGUCUUACUAACAUUGGAAACACUGGGCUUAUCUGAUGCAUAUAUUUAUCCAGCAUUUGUUUUUGGGACUUUGACAUAUCUGUUUAUUAUGUUUUUCAACUUGUUGGUAUUAACAACUAUUGCUUGGAGUAAAAAGCUACACAAGCCCAUGUUCAUCCUGCUGUUCAACUUGCCUAUUAGUGACAUGGUGGGUGCUACAGCUUUUUUUCCUCAGCUUGUUUUCAGCAUUGCGACACAGAACAGACUGAUUUCCCAUCCUGUAUGUAUUACUCAGGCUUUUUUGAUUCAUGUUUAUGGUACAGGAAACUUGCUGAUCUUGAGUGCCAUGGCAUAUGACAGAUAUAUUGCUAUAUGUUGUCCUUUGAGGUAUAAUGCCAUCAUGAGUCCACAUAACUUAGUUAGAAUUAUUAUUAUAAUAUGGUUUAUAAAUUUCUCAUUAAUAGUCACGUUGAUUUCAUUGCUUGCACGGUUCAAAAUUUGCAGAACAAGUAUAGUGGAUUUGUACUGUAACAAUCCAUCAUUAUUGAAACUGGCUUGUGAGGACACCAGAGUGAACAACUACUAUGGACUGUUUUCUAUAGUCUUACUCCAAGGUGGAGUACUGUCAACAAUAAUGUACACAUAUGCACAGAUUUUGCGUACAUGUGUCAAGACUAAUCAGUCUGAUGCCUGGCAAAAAGCCAUUCGGACAUGUGGCUCGCAUUUAGUGGUUUACUUAAUCCUAGAAAUCAAUACUCUAGUCACACUCAUUGCUCAUCGCAUUGAGAGUGUGUCCCCUUUUGUGAGAAGGGCUCUUGGUGUGUCAGUUUUAGUUUUCCCCCCCAUUUUGGACCCCAUUAUAUAUGGACUGAAAACCACGGAACUCAGGCAGAGCAUAAAAAUGUUUCUAAAAAGAAAUGUAGCUUCAUCAAAGCUGUAACACGGUUUUGGCUUUUGACUUUUGGCUUUCCUAUUUAAAUAUUUUAUUUAGGAAUAUGAUGAACAAAUAUGAAGAUAUGGACAAAAUCAUUGCUGUAAAUUCAAGAAAGUUAGAGCAGUUGCACCUGCAUCCAUAUUUGAAUUAAAAAGAGAAAAAAUAUAUAUAUACAUUCUGCUCUGUGUAAAACUAAUGUAAUGUAAUGUAAUGUAAUGCAAUUGUGUCUACAGAUAUUUAACGUUUUCUAAUAUGUGGAUUAUAAUAUAAGCUAUUGAUGUGGAAAUGAAAAACAAAGAUGUAUUUUCCUUUACAAUGGAAAUUAUGUGGCAAUGUGCAUAUAUAUGUCUUUUACAAUAAAAUCAAAGGAAUUUAAAUCAGAUCUUUUGAGUAUGUGCCUAUGCUCUGUGCCUAUGCUUUGUGUGUUAAUUUCCUAAUAAAUGAAAUCAAUUUAAUGGAUAA